AGCUGGGCUAGUUGCCCCAUAGAUGGGUUGGGUGCCCCAUAAAUGGUCUCUGUGCCCCAUAGCUGCGUUGGUUGCCCCAGAGAUGAAUUGGGGCACAGAUCCCCACAGCUGGGCUGGUUGCCCCAUAGAUGGAUUGGUUGCCCCACAGAUGGGUUGGUUGCCCCAUAGCUGGGUUGUUUGCCCCACAGCUGGGCUGGUAGCCCCAUAAAUGGAUUGGUUGCCCCAUAGAUGGUUGGUUGCCCCAUUGAUGGAUUGGGUGCCCCAUAGCUGGGCUGGUUGCCCCAUAGCUGGGCUAGUUGCCCAUAGGUGGGUUGAUAGCCCCAUAGAUGGGUUGGGUGCCCCAUAGAUGGUCUCUGUGCCCCAUAGAUGAGUUGGUUGCCCCAUAGCUGUGUUGGUUGCCCCACAGCUGGGCUGGUAGCCCCACAGCUGGGCUGGUAGCCCCAUCUCCAUCCGUGCCCCCGUUUCCCGCAGAGCUGCAGCAGCUGCGCUCGGCGCUGCCGGGAGCCGCGGUGCUGCAGCGCCUGCCGCAGUCCGGCGCCGUUUUGGUGCUGCCGCCGGCGGCGCCGCGCGACCUCCUGGAGCUCUACUUCGAGAACCGCCGCAGCGCCGGCGGCAAAGUGGGCGCCGUGAGGCUGCGCCGCGAUGGGGCCGCCGUCGUCACCUUCCGAGACCCACAGGUGGUGCCGCGGGUGCUGCGCCGGACGCAUCGGCUGCAGGACGUGGAGCUGCGUGUGGUGCCGUACUACCAGGCCCUGGAGAUGGAUGGCGCCGAUCCGGCACCGGGCGAUGGCACAGAUCCGGCACUGGGCGAUGGCACAGAUCCGGCACCGGGCGAUGGCACAGAUCCGGCACCAGGUGGUGUAGAUCCGUGGGAUCUGGCAGCCACCAACACCUCGCAGCUGAGUGCGGAGCUGCCGGCUGCGGACUCUCCGGUGAUGCCACCGUGGACGACCCUGGACCCCACGGUGACACCAAAAGGGACAAACCGAGACCCCGUGGUGGUGACACCAGGAGGGACCCUGAACCGCCCGGUGACACCAGGGAGGACCACCGAGGACCCCAUGGUGACACCAGGGAGGACCCAGAACCCCACGGUGACACCAGGGAGCACCCGUAACCUCAUGGCGACACCAAAGACGACAACCCGCGUCCCUCCGGCGACACCAAAGACGCCCCCCCAAGACCCCACGCCGACACCAGGUGUGACCACCCUGGACCCCAGCGCGGCGUCACCGUCACCAUCGCCGGCCCAGGAGCGCGUGGUGCUGCCGGAAGCGACGCUGCAAUUCCUGCGCCGCGCCGACGUCCGCGCUCAGCUGUCCGGCACCGCGCCGUACGCCGUGGUCGGCACCGCGGUGCUGCUGACGGCCCCCAGCCCCGCGGACGCCCGCCGUGCCGCGCGGCGCCUGCAGGACGCGCUGGGUGCCUUCGCCGUGGCGGUGCCGCCGCGGUGCCGCGUGCCGGGGCCGGGAUCGCCGUGCUGGCGGCGGCUGCGGUGCUGCGCGGUGCGGCGGAGCGCGGACGGGCGCUGGGUGCAGGGCCUGACCCUGCGCGGCAUGGAGGAGGAGAACCGGCGCCGCGUGUGGGACGCCGUGCGGGGGGAUGGCAGCAUGGAUCCCGGCGGGGUGGAUCCCGGUGGCGUAGAUCCUGGCGGGGUGGAUCCCAGCGGUGUGGAUCCCGGUGGUGAGCGGCAGCGCGGCGGGGAUGGCGGCGGGGAUCCCACGGUGGGUGCAGAUCCCGCUGUGCGGCCCAGCAGAGGACGCAGGGUGGAUCCCGACGGAGAUCCCAACUCGUGGCUCAACCUGGAACCCGACGGAGAGCCCGAUUCACAGCCCGUCCUGGAUCCCAGCGUGGAUCCCAACGGAGAUCCCAGUUCUUGGCCCAUCAUGGAACCCAGCGGAGAUCCCAACGGAGAUCCCAACUCAUGGCCCAUCAUGGAACCCAGCGUGGAUCCCAAUGGAGAUCCCAAUUCACGGCCCAUCAUGGAACCCAUCCUGGAUCCCAACAGAGAUCCCAAUUCACGGCCCAANGUGGAUCCCAACGGAGAUCCCAAUUCACGGCCCAGCGUGGAUCCCAGCAGAGAUCCCAAUCCAUGGCUCAUCGUGGAACCCAGCGCGGAUCCCAUGGUGGAUCCCAGCGCCGAUCGGCGGCCCAGCCCGGCCCCCUCCGCGGAUCCCGCAGCUCCCGGCGCGGCGCCGGCGGAGGCGGUGGUUCCGAUGGCCGCGGGCGCCCUGCGCUUCCUGCAGGAGCGGCGCCGGGCUCUGCUGGCCGCCGUCGGCGGCGUCUCCGUGCUGCCGCUGGGGGGAUCCGACGGCUGCGCCCUGCGGGUGAGCGCCGCGCGGGGCGGGCGGGGCGGGGCGGUGCUGCUCUGCUCGGUGCUGCUGUGUUUGGUGCCGCUCUGCUCGGCGCUGCUCCACUCGGUGCCGCUCCGCUCGGUACUGCUCUGUUUGGUGCUGCUCCGCUCGGCGCUGCUGGGUGCGGUGCUGCUCUGCUCGUGGUUCUGCUCUGUGCCGCUCCGCUCGGUGCUGCUCCGCUCGGCGCUGCUCUGCUCGGUGCGGUGCUGCUCCACUCGGUGCUGCUCCGCUCGGUGCCGCUCUGCUCGGCGCUGCUCCGCUUGGUGCUGA